AUGACUCAUCUUUUCUUUGCGGAUGACGCUCUGUUAUUCUUCGCUGCUACUAAGGAUAGUUGUUCUGCAGUUGCUAAGAUUCUCCAUCAAUUUUGUGGGAUUUCUGGGCAACAAAUUAAUCUGCAAAAAUCUCUCUUCAAAAUUAGUCCCAAUACCCCCUCAGCUGAGAAACAACAAUUCAAAGAGAUUUUGAGAAUGGAUCUGGUCCAGAGUUUUGGAACUCAUCUAGGAGUUCCAAUUGAUUUGACGGGGAAAAAACAUACUAAUUUCCAAUUUCUAGUGGACAAGGUCGCAGGGAAAAUUUCAGCUUGGAAUUCUUGUUGCCUAUCUCAAAGCCAGAAAUUAGUCCUGAUUAAUUCUGUUCUAAUAGCUAUGACUUCUCAUGUUUUUAGCUGCAUGGAGGUUCCUCAGUCAAUUUCUUCAAAAUUGGAUUCAAUUAUUACGAGGUUUUUUGGGCAGGUAAUUCAAGCAGAGCUUCUAUGGUUGGUCGUGGUUUAUCUUGGGGGUAUGCGUGCAAUUGGAAGAGCUAGCAACCAUAUCCUCCGAGGUUCCAAUUGGAAAGUUGGUAAUGGUAGGAAAAUUGUGGCGGGUAGAGAUAAAUGGGUGAAUGGUGAUACGCCCGUUUUCAGCUCUACGGUAACUUUGAGGCAAGCGAAGGAUUGGAAGGUUCAUCAUUUCAUCCUUCCGUCAGGUACAGGUUGGAAUCAUAGGGAGAUUAGAUCAUGUUUUGAGUUCUCCUAUGCUCGAAGGAUAGUUGCCUUGGAACUUCCAUCUAAUGGAGCUGAGGAUUUCCUUUACUGGAAAUUCAACAAAUCAGGGAUUCUGACAGUUAAAAUAGCCUACGCUAUGCUUGCAACAGAAGAUGUAAAUGAUCUACGCGUUGAUGCAGGAAAUGGAAUAUUCAAAAUCUUAUGGUCUAUGAACAUUCUUCCUAAAUGGAAAUUGUUCCUGUGGAAAUUUCUCAAUAAUGGUAUCGCUACAAAGGUUAAUAUUGGGCACAUAGGAAUUCAUCUCUCUAUGAUGUGUGAUUUUUGUGAUACAGGGGAAGAAGACAUUCAACAUAUUUUCAGGUUUUGUGGUGUUGCUCAAGAUGUUUGGAGGAAUGGAUCUUUAGUUAUCCAUUCAGAAAUCAACGAAACCAUGUCUUUCAUGGAAUGGUUUUUGUUUUACAUCCGACUAUUUCAACGUCAGGAUGACAAGAAUAGCCCAAGAGUUAUUUACUUUAUUAGUACUCUUUGGGGUUUGUGGCUAGCAAGGAAUAACUGCGUUUUCAGGAAUGAAUCUGCUUGCGUUUCAGUUGUUAAUUCCUUCAUUAAGACUGGCUUGGAUCAGCAUGGAAUUCUUCAACAGCAUCGUGUGCCUUUCCUAAGGUUUCUGCAUCCUCCGAAGGUAAAUUCAGUUUUCCCACCGGGUUUCUACAAGGUUAUUUUAGCUGGAAGUGAAGAUCAAGGUCCUAUAACCACAAUUGUGAUUGAUGGGUUAUGGCACAAGAAUACUAGGAAUGCAGGUAUGGGUUGGUUUCUUGAUAACCAAUACACUCCGAGUGAUAGAAUUCUUGGUGGGCUCAAGCUAGAGCUGCGGAAUCUGCUCUUCACACAGAGGUUAUGGCUUGUCUUCUCGGCUUACGAUGGGCGUCUCAGGCGGGUUUUAGAAGAAUCACAAUUCUCUCAAACUCCCAGCGACUGGUUAAAUUUCUAA